AUGGGUGAAGCUCUUUUCGAUCUUGAACGAAUCCUUCGUUCUAAGAAGGAGCCAUUGACAGUUCGAGAAGCAAAUGUGUUGAUGGCAUGGAGAGCUCACGCUAUGAGAGACUUUACAGUUGGUUAUUGUGGUGGUUCAAUUGUUACUUGGCUAGCAACCCAAAGGCUACGUAAAAUUUUUCGUACUAACCUCUCACUGGGUGCUGGAUUUGUAUGUGGAAUCUGGAAAUUUGGAAAAUCUGUUGACUCAUCUGUUCAACAUAUUCUUUCACUGAAAGGGAGUCGGAUACAGGGAGAGUUGGCUAACAUAAUGCUGAAGAAAUAUCACCGUAAUCCAUGGGUAAUACAGCAACUCUCAAAGCAUUUUUACACUGAAGAAGUCUAUGAUGACUCAUCAGUAGACCGGCCGAUGAUUAGGUGGCGUCACCGAAACUUCACUGUCGAUCGUUCUCAAAAUACAUCAUAUGGUGAGGAAGCUCAUUCAAAUGAGAGUCGUGUCAACGAGACUACCUUGGAACCGAAGCAAGUUCAUGUGAAUAGUGGUGGCAAUGCUAUGGAGAACCCAUUGGAUCUAAUUUUCGGAUUUUCUGAGAGUGCGGAAAAUGUUUCGACUCCUGUUGAAAAAGUCAGCAAGUUAUCUAAAAAACAGAGGCGCAAAGAGAAAAGGGCUGCACGUAGGCAAAGGAGGCACCACCACCAUCAUCAGGAGGAGGAGUCUGGCAAUUGA